UCUCCUGGCAGCCAUCAUGAAGGGUACAGUCUCGAUCUGCUGUUUCCUCUCCCUGCUGCUUUUGCAGGCCACAGCAGAAGAGGAAGACUACACUUCCGUCCUCAGAGACAGAUCUCACAUUGACGAGACGCUACGACUUGCAACUGAAGAAAAAGCAGGAGACUAUGCAGCGGCUCUACAGAGGUUGCGGAAGAUCUACCACACAUCCAUCAAGCCGAUGGAGCAGGCCUACAAGUACAAUGAGCUGAGGCAGCACGAGAUCUCAGCCUACCCCGGACGAACCCUGGGGGACUCAGCCACAGAUGGAGAGAUUACUUCCAAACCCAUGGUACUCUUCCUGGGACCUUGGAGUGUUGGAAAGUCCUCCAUGAUCAAUUACCUCCUGGGCUUGAACGACAGCCCCUAUCAGCUCUACACAGGAGCUGAGCCCACUACCUCUGAGUUCACUGUUAUUAUGCACGGGGAGAAGAUCCGCUCUGUUGAAGGUAUUGUAAUGGCAGCAGACAGCUCUCGCUCUUUCUCGCCCCUGGAGAAGUUUGGACAAAACUUCCUGGAAAAGCUGAUCGGUAUCGAGAUGCCCCACAAGCUGCUGGAACGUGUGACCUUUGUGGACACACCAGGAAUCAUUGAGAACCGCAAGCAGCAGGAGAGAGGCUAUCCUUUCAAUGAUGUUUGCCAGUGGUUUAUUGACCGUGCUGACCUGAUCUUCGUGGUGUUUGACCCCACCAAGCUGGACGUUGGCCUGGAGCUGGAGAUGCUCUUCCGGCAGUUGAAGGGUCGUGAGUCCCAGAUCCGCAUUAUCCUAAACAAGGCUGACAACCUGGCCACCCAGGACUUAAUGAGAGUCUAUGGAGCGCUCUUCUGGAGCUUGGCUCCCCUCAUCAAUGUGACUGAACCCCCCCGCGUCUACGUCAGCUCCUUCUGGCCAUAUGACUACGCACCUGACACAAGUCGUGAGCUCUUCCAGCGAGAGGAAAUCUCCCUUCUGGAAGAUCUGAACCAGGUAAUUGAAAAUCGCAUGGAGAACAAGAUUGCCUUCAUCCGCCAGCAUGGCAUCCGUGUGCGCAUCCAUGGCCUGUUGGUGGACCGCUAUGUCCAGACCUUUAAAGAAAAGAUGAGCUUCUUCAGCGACCCUGAACUAGUCUUCAAGGACAUUGUGGAUGACCCAGACAAGUUUUACAUUUUCAAAUCCAUCUUAGCCAAGACCAACGUCAGCAAGUUUGACCUGCCCAACCGUGAUGCCUACCGUGACUUCUUUGGCAUCAACCCGAUCACCAACUUCAAGCCCCUGUCGGCUCAGUGCUCCUACAUGGGAGGCUGUCUGCUGGAUAAAAUUGAGAGGGCCAUCACCAAUGAGCUGCCCGCUCUUCUGAGCAGCAUUAACUCUGGCAAACAGCCUGGCCUGUCCUCCUGCGAGGCUACCGGCUGUGGUGAGAAGCCAAAGAAUCGCUACCGGAAGAACUGAGGAACACAAAAUAACUUGAGUGGGGGAAGUAAGGAGAAAGAGGAGGUGAAGAGAAGGGGUCUGUUGGAAACCAACCCGACUUUUGUCAGAACGCCUGUAUUGUUGAGGAGAUAGUGGGAGGCAUGAGUAAUUGUUUGUUAAGGCAGCUUAAGGACAGAAGUGCUGAAGAAAUGAGAACAUACCACUGAUCACAGAGUUUUGUUAAUACACACGCCCUCCUCUCUCCCUUGCACAAUCACAGUGGACUGUCUGGGAUUUUGGGGUUGAGGAAGUAAUGAUGUGAAGAAAAACAGACAUGGAAAAAAAUAAGAUCAAAUAAAAAUUGAAAAUCUUGAGACUGAACACAGUCAAAUACCAGCUCCCUUGUAUGUGAAUAAAAACAGGAAAAGUGGAAACAGGAGUUGCAAAUUUGUGUCUUGAGAAUUGCAUUGCAGCAGGUCAAUUCCAUAUGCUUCAGAAGUUGUUUUUGAAGUAGCCUUUUUGUGGGUGCUAUACAAAGCCUUUGUGUUUGGGUGGUCAUCCAAACUUUUGACAUAGAUGAACAUUAACACUGCAUGUUAAAUGUCACAUCUUCUUUAACAGAUGCAUGUAUUUUCCUUCUAACAGAUCCAAGUAAUAGCUCCUCAUGAUACUGACACCUGAAACAUCCCUGCCAUGCAACAAAAAAGGCUUUUUUUUUUCUUAGUUUCAUUGGCUCAUCAGUCUUGCUUGUUGACAACCUGUGAUAUGAGCACUGUGAAGGAAGCAGAGGUCAGGGUUCAAGGGUCAGAGUCUUCAGAGCAGGGUGGACAUACUCAUUCUGCUUCACCUCUUAACUGUUCUUCCUGUUUCUGUUUGCGUCUGUAAAUUUGCCACUCUGGCAGAAAUUCAAUACAAUGUUAUGAAUCAUUUUUAUCCUUCAACAAUAAGCUUCCCAGCUUUUUUUUUAGCUGAAUGACCAUAAAGAAAUGACACAUGAGGAUGUGUUUGAAUUAUAGCUGUCUUUAUCCAUUUGCUCUGCCAUUUCUUUUGCUGGUUAGAAAGAUAUUUAUUGAUUUUUCUGUGUAAACUUUCCAAAUGGGCAUUGACGUAGGCUGUCUGUGUGCUGAACAAUCCUGCUGCAGAAUCUGAUAAACCUUCAGUGCAAGAUUGUGAUAGUGGAUCUCUGUGAUCAUGGAUUUCUUGGCUUGCAAAAAGUGGGUUGGAGGUAAUCAAGAGGAAAAUGUGAAGUGGAGGACUCGUGAGGUGACCCCUGACCUCUGUGGAAAGAAGUAAGCCCCAAAUACUGUCCCCUACACCCAGAACGGUUUGGAGGGAUACAUGUCAAUGCUGCAAUUUCUUAUGCUACCCUACCUCAAUCAACUUCCCAGGACUAUGGCAUGGCGAAAAUUGCUUAAAAUAGUUUGACAUUUUGGGAGAUACACUUCUUAAACAUUAUUUUUCAGUCUGGUGCAGUAACUUUUUGGAGUGUUGUCGUUACCAUAAGGUUGCAAGUCAACCUGCAGAGACUCCAGGAAGUUACUGCACUUGGUCAAGAAAUAGUCUGACACAUAACCCCUCCUAAACCUGUAACGUACCACUGUUAUCCGGAUUAGGCAAGACAUGAUGUGUUAAUCAGGGAGCUUUGGGAAUGGAGGUCGAUGGAUUUUGUUACUUUUGACAGAUGCAGACUAACUGUUCCCCCCUGUUUUCAGACUUUAUGCUAAGAUAAGCUAACCUAACCAGCUGCUGGCUCCAGCUACAUAUUUAGUGAACAUGACAGAUAUAGAAGUGGUAUCAAUUUACCAAAAUGUCAAACUACUGCUUCAAAUACAGGGUCCUAAAUCAUCAAAAAAAACAGGUAGGUGGUAAUAAUUACAACUCCGAAAGGCACCCAAGUUCACUCAUGGACAAAUUCACUUCCAGUUCUCUCUUUGUCCUCUUUCACUAACCCCACAGUGCAGAGUGUUUUCCCCAACUAAAAUCUGAAGCAUAAUGGAACCAAAAAGAAAACUAACUGACAAACAAACCCCAGUGAAUCUCAUAAUCGCUUCAUUUUCUCUGUUUCUCUGAGUGUGUGUGUUCCACAGGAUGUGUUUGGUAUGUUUACACUGCAGAUCCAGAACAUGCCCACUAGAGAGUGCUGUGUAGAAGUGUAAAAAGUUAUACAGACCACAAACUAACGCUCAUAGUAGUAACAAUCUAUAGUGGGAUGAUGGCUUGGGCUAAUGAUGUUGUGUGGUUGUGCUUUUGGUAUAUUUCAGUAACAAUUAUCUUAAUUUACCUGUGAAUUUGAUCUGGAAUGGACGUGUGUCCCAUUAAAGUAGUUGUUGCUUCACUUUUUUUUUUUGUUUUGGUAUAAAAUUUAAAUUAAUCUUGGCCCAGGUUUUGGAAGCUUGAUCAUCAAGAAUAAAGAUUUCUGAUUGA